UCUGCCAUUCUACUCUUAACACAGCAUUUUAAACAAAACCAACUGAAAGUCCAAACAACUGGACUGGAUUGACAACUGAACAACAUAAGAUAUUCCUUACGUGAUACAGGUUGAGUGACAGUUCAUCUCAAAUCAAAACUGUCAUCGAAUAGAAGAGUUGAAUUUGGACACCUGCCUUAAUACCCAACUAAACACCAUGUUGGAGAACUACAAGGUGCAGAAAAUUCUGGGACAGGGGCGCUAUGGACAUGUCCUCAAAUGUUUAAAUUGUGACACCGAAGAGACUGUGGCUGUGAAGCUCUUAAAAGACAAAAGGAAAGAGCUCAGUAAAAUAAGGGAGAUCUUCAUACUGGAAAAGCUCAGAUGUUUGGACCCUGAUAAGACUUGCAUCGUGAGAUGCCAUGAAUGGUUCCACAGGAUGGACCACACCUUCAUAGUGUUUGAAAUGUUGGAUAUGAGCCUCCAUGAUUACAUGAGCCAGAGAGAAUGGGCCCCUAUGCCUUUAGAUGGCAUAAGGACCGUCAUCAAAGAUGUGGCCAAAGCAUUAAAGGCCCUGAAGGGUUUCAGCCUGAUCCAUGCAGAUUUGAAACUGGACAACAUCAUGCUGGUGGAUCAUAACAGACAGCCAUUCAGGGUGAAACUCAUUGACUUUGGCUUGACUCUUAAAAGAUCCGAAGCAAAGCCAGGACUACAUGUUCAGGCACUUUGGUAUAGGUCUCCAGAGGUUAUUUUGGGAAGCCCAUUUACCGAAGCCAUUGACAUUUGGUCUCUUGGCUUGCUGAUGGCCUAUAUGCUCCUUGGCUAUUUCCUUUUCCCCGGGAAACAGGAAUACCAUAUGCUAAGUUUCAUGACUGACCUUCUGGGUGAACCUCCCAAGAGACUUCUGGAUAAAGGGAUAUAUACAGAGCUGUUCUACUACGGAAGUUGCAUGUACGUUAGGUUCAUACGCUGGACAUUGAAGACACCAGUGGAGUUUUUCACAGACACAGGCAUCACACUGCUGGAAACCAGGAGACACAGAUUCACCACUCUGGAUGAGCUAAAAACAUUGACCUUGCACAAAGAAAACAGUGCAGAGGCUGUUGAUAGGAGUGCUUGUGUUGAGCUGUUGAAGGUAAUGCUUCAGAUGGAUCCCAGAAAAAGGACUAACCCACGUAAAAUCCUGGCCCAUCCAUUCAUAACAAGGAGCUACCUGAGCCCCAGCAACAGCUCUCACAAUGAAACUGCAGCUGCUGAAAGCAACAGGAGUCAAGGAGAAACAAACACUAAAGGCACUGCAGAGACAGAAGUUGAUGACAUGUACAGUAGAACCUCUCCUAUAUGUGAACCCUCCCAUGGAUGUCCCACAAAGCUGCCGCCAAGUGUCACCAUGGGUCUGCAAGUUAAGAAGACCACACAGAGGGAUGGAGCCACCAAACAGAAUGAAGCCAUAUGUUUCCAGACUUUGCAGGACAAGUUGGCCAAUUGUCAGAAGGCUAAGGAUGAUAGCGACCUCAUAUUGGAAUCUGUCAGCGAUGACGACUUAAAUUAUCAUACUGGUCUCAAGUCCAUCACUGAUAAUGCCAAAACAAUCCCAUCUGUGGAUCAUGACAAUAUAACUAUCCCAGUGGUUUCUACGAACAGCUGUGUUGAGACUUCUGCCUCCGUUUUGAACCAGGCCCCCAGCAUAAAUUCCUUGUACUCAUCUGAUGUCCAUGACCCUAAGAACAAGAAGCAGAAAGGAAUCCGACGAUUCUUCUCCUGCUUCUGUGUGCCUGAGGAGGAUGACGAGGAGUGAAAUUGUCCUACUUAGUUUUACUGCAAAAAUAUUCAAUAAAAUGUCAGAAAAUAGUGAAAAAUGCCU